AUGGCGUGUAGAUUCAAGGAGAAAGGCGUUCCUGGAAGACCCAGGAAACGCUUACGACAAGAUGGUCAUUUGGAGGAAAAGCAACCCGAACCAUCAAGUGCGUCCAGUCGGUCGCCGGACAUCUCUCGACCGGCGAUGUACUUUCAAAACGCUGUCGACGCGGUAAUUCAUGACGAGAACUUCGCAUCGCUACCGUAUGAAUUGUCUGGAAACUGCGGCUUUGAUUCCCUCCAUUGGGAGAUGCUGGAGAAUGGAAAUAUCUUCUCUACUCCACUGGAAUCAUGGCAGACACUACAGCACAGCGAAACGAGUGAGCCUGAGAUCUCUACCACGGCGCUGGGCGCCUACGCCUCUCCUGUGUCACUCUCUCAAUCCUGUAAAUGCGACGAAGAAGUAUCGGAGAUAGUCCGGAAUUUGAGUCGCGCAAACGUGUCUCACGGUAUCAUCCAUAUGCUUCGGACCGGAGUCUCUCUCGCGGAAAGGCUACUGACCUGUCCAAUAUGCUACGAUGUAUCCAAGCCGCCUCGAUUGACGGUUCAAAAUGUGUUGCUGAUCGGUCAGCUGAUGUUUGGGAUUACAACUGGCUACCACAAAUAUCUACGUUGGUUGAGAGAAUAUUGCUCGGAGCUGGACAUGAGGUGUGAGACAGAAGCCAUCCAUCUCGAGACUAGUCUGGGGCUUCCCUCCGGUCCAACGUUACAAAUCAGCGGCGAGAAGUUUCAAGCACUCGUCACGCACGGUCUACAGACCGAUGCAAAACGCCUGUUGUCACUAGGGGACAAAUUUGCGCUGCGGCAGCGCAAUCGUCAUCUCGUUGGUCACGAAAUUUGCCCCGGUACUGAGGGAGGGUGUCGGAAGAAAGAAGACGUAAAUUACGAUCCGCUGGAUCUUUGCCCGCAAGAUCCUGCGGAACGGAAGUUGGUGCCUUGCUUUCGCAUUGUUGAGGAGGUUCGGGGGAUGAUAAGGGAUGUUGCAGAAGCCCUUUUGUAA